UAGUUUUUUCAAUUAUUAGAAAAAUCUUAACUUUCUAAACCUACACCUUUAAUUAAUUAUUUUAUGAGUUAUAAAAUAUGAGUGCAAUUUUAAGUAUUUUAAAAAUAUGUUUAAUUGUUAUAACGUGCCCUAAUUUUACAGAUGCAUUGUUUACCAAUUUUCAUUGAUAUUGUUUAUAAUAUUUUCCACUGACGUAAAUCUUAGCCAUGGAGGUUAAUCCAUUGAAUAUAUUUUUUGUGAAAUCUGAUAGUAAAGGAGACAGAUUAUUAUUUAGAUAUCCUUACACAACUGAAAAUAAGGAUGAAAGUAAGCAGAAGAAAUUUGGACGUCACAAUCCAUAUGCAAUAAAUUCUGCUGAAGAUCUACUGCAAAACUCACAAUCUCAAACAUCCAAUAUCUGUAAAGGUCAACUAAGUGGCUUCACAGAUGAAAUGUUAUCAACACUAUUUGCUGUUAAAGCAGAACUUUGUAACAGAAAGUUUGAGCUAAAAGUCAAUGAUGUGAGAUUUGUAGGUCACCCCACUCUGCUCCCCUACAGGACUAACAAAGAUGACACUGCUGCAAUGAUACUUAUUAAUAUAGUGUUUGCACUGCAAGCAUCUGCAAGCCAUUCUAUCGUGAAAUGUUAUUAUGACUUAAGCAAAAGAUUGGGUAAAGCUCUAAGACAUGAAGAGAAGAGGUGUUCCUAUUUGACCGAAGAAAUGAAAAUUAUGUUGGCCGCACAUGAUGAAGUAUCAGCACUAGAUAGUGAGGUAAAUUCUGGUGAAAAUGAUGAUGAAGAAGAAAAUUCCAGACAUUCAGUCAGCUCUACUACAUACAGCAUGGAUAAUGGAACUAAUAAUGUACCUAAGUCGGCAUUUCACCUUAUUCUACAGAGAAGCUCGCUGGCGAGAUCUAUGAAAUCUGUGUUUGAAGAAUUAAGUAGUACUGGUAUAGUACAAGUUCGCAUAAACAAAUGGGUACUUCUAUCAUUUUGCCUGCCACAUAAAGCACAUCAGAUACAUAAUAGAGGUUCCAUCAUAGAGCCGGAGACAAUUGACAAAUGUGUGCAGAGGUUACGCCCUUAUCAUGGCAUUCUACUUAUGGUUAAUCCUAAUGACUUGCUGGCAUCGAUACCUUUAGAUGGAAGCCCUGCGCUUCUAAGACUUAUAAAAUUAUACAGUCCUCUGAAGAGUUUGCAAACAUUAGCCAUCGAAGCAGAUCUAACACUCACACAGGCUUUCCAGCUUACAGGACAUUUAGUGUACUGGGCUAAAGCAACAGUCAUAUAUCCGUUAUGUGAAGGUAAUGUUUACGUAGUCGCGCCUGGAGCGAAUAUACAUAUAAACUCGCCACUCGUCGACGAAUUCGCCAAGGAGUUUCCUGGACUGUGUUUAUUACAAAUGCUGAGCGAGUUCUCGCUGCCGGCGCCGCUGUGGUACGUGUCGCGCGGCGCGUGGGGCGCGCGCUGCGGCGGGCGGCCGGCGCGCCUCGUGGCGUGGCUGCUGCGGCGCCGCCUGCUGCUGCAGCUGCACACCUACGUGCAGUUCAACUCGCCGCACUGCCCGCAUUGGCCGCGACACCCGCACGCGCAGUACGAUGGUAAAGAGUAUUUUUGCGAAAAACACGACUCUUACUACCAGUCAAACAGUGUAUCCUUCUCAUCAUUAAACCAAGUACAACUAAACGUCCCCGAGCCAGUUGAACCUAGAGAAAGCAUUAAUACUUUUCCAGAUUCAGAUGAAGAUUACCCAACGCAAAAUAACCUUAACCAGACGGACUUUUCGCAUACGAAACCUAUAGUUAUCGAAUCCGAACACACGAAGUACGAUAAAUUCCACGAAGUAGACUCGGCGAAUCAUUCAUUCGAUGACGGUAUUGACGUGGUCGAUGGCUUAAUAAAACCUAAUGUUAAUGGUUGUGAUUAUGAUACAACUAAAAAGAUACAAAAGAAAGUACAAGGAAACUCAGUAGAUAGUGGUAUAUCGAAUAAUCUCAACGGUAAUGGAAUCAAUGGGACGGAAAACGGACAUGUCAAUGGACACACGGAUACUAAGGAUAUGGACGUAAAAAGUUUACCAUCAAGACUCUCAGAUCUGUCCUUGAAAGAAUCAGAUAAUGUGAUAAACAGGGAUACAAGUAGUGAUGAGGAUAAAUUCGAAAGUGACGUAGAUGUAUCGCCGAGGCUCAAAAACGCUCAUGCAACAACAAAUGGAACGGAAAAAAAGAAUGGAGUGUCGUUGAAUCUUAAGUUGCAGAGUGAAAUGAGUUUCCAGUCGCCCACCGUGUGGAGCGCGCCCGCGGGCUGCGACGCGGCCGACGCGUGCCGCGUGCCGAGCGACCCGCCCACCACUGAGUCGCUGCUCGACACCUUCACCGCCGAGGAGCGAGCCGUGCUCGCCACCAUGCCCGCCUCGGAGAACCCAGGCGACCUGCUGCUACUCGCACAACUACACAAAAAAGGUUACUUCCGCGGCGAACAACAUCUUGAAGAAAUAAUGUUCAUGGAGAAUGUUUCUCGAUCGCAACUAAUGCAACUCCUUGACAAGUUCAAGGAUGUGCUUAUUACAUUUGAAACAGAAGAUCCCGCUGUCGCUAUGCUCUAUCCAUACUAAUAAGUUGAUAUCUGUUUUAUUUAAACACUUCAAAUUGUGAAAAUUUUAUCCGUAUGUUAUAUUUGCUAGCGCAAAUGUAUAUCUCUUUAAUAAAUGAGAUAAAAUAUGUUAUAUUAAAGUGCUUAUUGUCAUUUCUGUAAAAUAUACAUGUAUUUAUACUUUUGUACAGAAUUUUAUGGUUUAUUAUGUUAUCGAUGGCUCUUUCACUCCUAUUUAGUUUAUAGAUUAAACAGUAUUUAGUUUAAUCAUUACCAUUUGCUACUAAAAAGUUUUUACAUAAAUCUAUUAAAAAGAUUUGAUUAAUUUGUUUUUCUUUUGUAAUUGUUUUAUUUCUGUAAUAUGUUAAGUCCUUCAACAUUUGAGAAUUUAUUGUAUGUAAUUAAAUUAUUGUAGACAAACUUCUGUACUAGUAAAUUGUAACUUAGUAUCUUAUAUUUAAAUAUAUAGUGAUAUUUGAUUCAUUAAUAGCCUGGUUAAAUGAAAAGGUAAAAUUCUUUAUGUCUAAAAUUUUCGCCAAAUGAAUGAUAUAGAUUUAAAAGUAAAUUUACUUUUUUUUGUAUGUGUGAUAUUAGUUAAUGAGGAAG